AUGAGGUUUGGCAAGAAUUGCAAGCUUAGUCCACGGUAUAUUGGGCCUUAUAGGAUCAUUUGGAGAGUAGGCCGAGUAGCUUAUAAGUUAGAAUUGCCCUCAGAAUUGGAGUCUAUCCAUCCGGUUUUUCAUGUAUCUAUGCUACGUAAGUUCAUUGGCGAUCCUACCCGAGUGGUGCCCACAGAUGAUGUACAUAUUGCGGAGGACUUGUCAUACGAGGAAAUUCCAGUUGCCAUCCUAGACCGACAAAUCCGCAAGCUACGAAAUAAGGAGGUAGCCUUCAUGAAGGUUUUAUGGGGAAGCAAGAAUGUGGAAGAGACGACAUGGGAAGCGGAGGAAGAAAUGAAGUCUAAAUGCCCCCACCAAUUUCAAUCUAAAGAUAUGGCUCGAGAUGGGAUACUACAGCACAACUCUAUUCAGGCUAGUAGGUCAUCAGAUUAUGGUGCAAAGAGGCAAGUUUAA